AUGUCCGUGCCAGUAACGGAGAGCAUCGGGAAGGCGCGGUGGACGCAGGGCGAGGAUGAUGAGACGAGCCUCGAAGCUCGCAUUCCCUGUGUCCUCCCCGACGGCGUGCGACCGCGCGAACUGACGGUAGAGAUCAAGGAUGGCUCCAUCCUCUGCAUCAGUCACAAAGAGACGCGGAUUCUGCAGUGGCGCCUGUACGCCGCCGUGAGCGAUGAGGUGGAGUGGCGCAUCGAGGACGACAACGUCCUCGUGGCGGAGUUGGAAAAGAAGUCCGGGGCGCCGUGGAGCUGUCUCCUCGAUCUGGUGAUGCGCGCUGACGACGAGCUGUUGACGCCGAUAGCCGAGAUCGACCGUAUGUUCCGCACUCAGCUGCCCGUUCUUCCCUCCAUCGAGGAUAGUGAAAGUGAGGAUGCAGCGAAGCAGGUGUCUGGCCAAGGGGAGGCAGACAAGAACGGCAAGGCUGGGGACGCGGGGGCGGACGGAGAGGACGACCUUGAUAAGCUGCUGGACGAGGUGGCGAAGGAGGUCACGGGCAAGGAGGCGGACGACAGCGACGGCGAGGACGAUAGCACCGCCGCUUUUAUAAAGGCUGAGCUCGAGAACUACCGCGUCGAGGAGGAGGAGAUCAAGAAGAAGCUGGCCGAGGUUGAGGCCACGCUGAACAGCUCAACGGACACUGAAGCCACCAACACGGCGAGCGAGCAGAAGAACAUCCUGAACAAGAUGGCUCAGCUCCACAGCCAGUGCCGUGCGAUUCGGUCGCAACCGAGCACACUGGAGAACUUUCUGAAGUGUACACAGCUCGACCUUCAGAAGGCACGCGUCAACAUUGGUGAGACAGGUGAGAACGAGGAGGAGGAGUACCAGUCGGACAAGGAGCGCGAGCUGAACGCGACGGAGCUCAUGACAUGCGGUCUAAAGUUCUUCGAGGAUCAGGACAUCAAGGGCUGCCUGCACUUCCUGCGCCUCGCUGCCAUUCAUCACAAGCACGAGCAGAGCACGCUGCUGUUGUACAAUAUUUAUAGCCAGCUGCAGUCUCCUCGCGGCGCCUUCCUGCUGAUGAAGCGCGCACUCGACGAUAGCGCGCCGAGCGCUGCCGUGAACCAGAAGGUCGGUGAGCUGUACGACCAGGGAGCGCGUCACUUCCUGCCUCUCUUUCCGGCGGCCAUAUAUUUCUACCAGCGCGCAGCCCAGCUUGGUCACGUUAAUGGCAUGCUGAGCCUGGCGCAGCUGUGGCUUCGCGGCGCUACCGCGUCAUCGAUGCUCUCCGAGGAGGAGGUUGAGGCACAGCAGAGCAUCCCAAAGUACCACGCGUGGCUGCAGAAGGCAAUGGAUCGCGGCUGUGGCUCCGCGUACUUUGUGCGCGGCUGCAUGCACAUCAAGGGUGAGCACGGGGUGGCUAAGUCGUACGCAGCAGCGAAGGAGUACCUCGACGCUGCGGCAAGCGCACAACCGGAGAUUCUCCGCCGUGCCCCGCAGAUUCCCAUGAUGCUGGAGGCGCUGCGCGAGGAGGAAGAGAGAUCCGCGAAGCCGAUGCAGGAGGCGACAAGCACACCGGCGUCGGCCACGAAGACCGCCGCAGCUCCUGCUGGCCUCGCUGCUCCAGUAGCCGCCGCCAAGCCUUCCGACGAGGGCGUCAAGGUAACUUCGUCAGUGGCUCGGUUGAAUGCUCUUAGCAGCAAAGCUGCCGGCGCCUCUGGCAGCAACGGCUUCAUGGCUCCCCGGUCAGUGGGCGAAAGCGCCGCCAUGCGCGCAAGAAAGGUGCUCGGCAGCGGCUCUCGCAGCAAGGCCUUCUGGGAGCGUGCCUGCGUUGCGAGUGUCACCAUGUACAGCGUGUACACGUUGGCCUUCCCCAUCCGCAUUAUCCUUCUCCCCUUUUUCUACUCGGCCAUUAGCGGUAUCAUUGAGUCCAUUCCGUGGCUGGCGAACAGGAACGCAGAUCUCAGCAUGUUUUAG